AUGCAGAAGCCUUCUGUUAUUCCUCUAGCUGGUAUUUCAAUGCCAGUGCCAUAUCACCAGUCACAGGCACCUGUACACUUUGGUGCAAAUGAACAAUGUGGGCAGAGUAAGGCUGAACCUGAAGACUGGGAGGAUGCUGCAGACAUGAACGCACCAAAGCUAGAAGUUGCAGAGCAAUACUCUGAUCUCCCUGAAGGAUUUGAAAUCACGGCAGCCAUAGCUGAAACCUUGAUGGGUUCUAAUAUUGGUUCUCAUGUUAUCAAACACGACUCACAUCCUUCUACCGGGAGAAAUUCAGAUAGGUCAGGUGGCAUGUCUCGGAUGGAUCGUCGUGGAAGUGGCAUUAUUGAGGAUGAUAGAUGGAGUAAAGGUUCUGGUGCUUUUCAUUCUGAUACGCGCUUGGAUGGUAUUGGAGAUAGUGCAGGAUCCCGUACUGGCCAAGGAGGUAAUUUUGAUGCUUUAAGGAAUCCACGCACACAGACAGUUAUGAAAUAUGGUGGACGGAUUCUCUUUGGGCCAAUGGUAAAUAUGGGAGGAAUGCAAAGAAAUAGCCUUGGUGGUGAAAGGUGGCAGCGUGCUUCUAGCUUCCGGCAGAGGGGUUUAAUUCCAUCUCCUUCUUCUCAAUCUCCUUUGGUGAUGAUGCACAAAGCUGAGAAGAAGUAUGAGGUUGGUAAAGUAACAGAUGAGGAACAGGCGAAGCAGAGAGAGUUGAAGGGUAUAUUGAACAAGUUGAGACAGUUGGAGGGUAUAUUGAACAAGUUAACUCCACAGAAUUUUAAGAAACUUUUUAAGCAGGUAAAAGCAGUUAAUAUUGACAACGCAGUCACUCUCUCUGGUUUCAUCUUACAAAUCUUUGAGAAGGCCUUGCUGGAACCUACCCUCUGUGAAAUGUAUGCCAAUUUAUGUUCUCAUCUGGCAGCUGCAUUGCCUGAUCUCAGUCAAGACAAUGAAAAGAUAACAUUUAAGAGAUUGUUGAUAAACAUGUGCCAGGAAGAAUUUGAGAGGGGUGAAAGAGAGCAAGAAGAGGCUAAUCAAGCUGAUGAGGGCGAGGUGAAACAGUCUGACGAGGACAGAGAAGCAAAACGUUCCAAGGCUAGAAGACGAAUGUUGGGUAAUAUCAGAUUAAUUGGAGAGCUAUAUAAGAAGAGAUUCCUGACAGAGAGGAUAAUGCACGAGUGCAUCAAAAAGUUACUGGGUCAGUGUCAGAAUCCUGAUGAAGAUGAUAUUGAAGCUUUAUGCACACUGAUGAGUACUAUUGGGGAGAUGAUUGAUCACCCCAAAGCCAAGGAACAUAUGGAUGUAUAUUUUGAAAGGAUUAAAUUAUUAUCAAACAACAUGAGUUUAUCUUCUAGGGUGAGGUUCAUGUUGAAGGAUACCAUUGAUUUGAGAAAGAAUAGAUGGCAACAAAGGAGAAAAGUUGAAGGUCCAUUGAUUUGA